UAGGAAAUGUCACUCAGUCGAUGAGUUGUCUCGGUGCGUGUUUGUGAAAGUACUUUGUUGUCUGCUGCGUGUUUUUCCUGGAUUUUCCUCGAGUUUCCGCGUGAAAGGUGCGAAGAAGUCAUGACGGAGGACAACUCUUGGCGCACUCCGUCGUUCCGCCAGAAUGUGGUGGCGAAAAUCAACGAGGCCAUCCAGACGUCCGGCAUGAGCACGUCCAAGAGCAGCAUCGAGAUGGAGAACCAUGUGUUCGUGAAGGCGCGCAACAAGGAUGAAUAUCUGAGCUUUGUGGCGCGCCUGAUUCUUCACGUCCGCGAGAUGAACACGAAGAACAAGAUGCAGGGCGCUCCGGGCGGCGGUGAUGUGAGCAACUCGGGAGGCAUGCCGGAUCCCAUAAAUGCCCUGCAGAAUCUGGCCAGCCAAGGCUCCAGGCCGCAGCAGCAGAUGAUGGGCAUGGGCGGGCCACAGGGAGGCCCCAUGGGCGGCCCCGGAGGACCGCAGGGCAACAGCAUCCCGGCGUCGAAUCUCCUGCAGACGCUGACGCAGCAACGGCCGAUGCAGCAGGCGCCGAUGCAGGGGAUGCAGCCGAUGCAGGGUCAGCGCGCGGUGCCCGGCGGACCCGGUCCCAUGGCCGGCCAGAUGGGUGGCGGCGGCCAGAUGGGCAUGGGAAUGGGCGGGAUGAGCCAGGCGGGCGGCGGAGGGCCUUCUGGCCCCGGCGGCAUGCCCAUGGGGCCGGGCAUGAACGCCGGCGGCCCCAACAGUGGCCCCGGAGGGCCGAUGCAGAUGAAUCCGGGCGGGAUUCAGGGCCAGAUGGGCGGAAUGGCGCAGAUGGGCAUGAAUCCGGUGAUGAGUCAGGGCCAGAUGGGCAACGCCAUGACGCCGGUGAGCGGCAUGGGCGGCCCGAUGAACCCCGGCGCCAUGGGCGGCAUGGGGGGCCCCAUGGGGCCGGGCAUGAUGGGCCCCAUGACGAGCGGCGCCAACGUGGUGAUCCAGCAGCAGCCGCAGCAGCAGGGCGGCAUGAACGCGGCCAUUACGACGCAGGGCGGCGGCAUGGGGCCCGGCGCGGCGCAGAUGAACCCCGGGCAGCUCGUGGGCAUGCCGCAGAUGACGCGCAAGGGGCCGGAGAUGAUGAUGGGCCAGCAGGGAGGCGUGUUUCCGGGCGUGCGAAGCGUGACGCCGAACCAGUUUCUCCGACAGAGCCCGUCGCCGUCCGUGCCGUCGCCGGCGAGCAUGGGACAGCCGCACCAGCAGGGCAUGGUGCCGUCGCCGGCCAUGGUGCCGUCGCCGAGUCCGCAGAGCAUGUCCCAGGGCCCGCCGCGCAGCAUGGGCGGCGUGAUGACGCAGUCGCCCAGCUCCACGCUCAACACGCCUGGGCAGGCGUCUGUGUACAGUCCGCUGAAUCCGCAGGAGGACCUGCUCUAUCGCGAGAAGUACCGCCAGCUCACCAAGUACAUUGAGCCGCUGAAGCGUAUGAUUGCGCGCAUGGUGAAUGACAAGAACAAUGGGAAUCUGCAGAAGAUGAACAAGCUGCUGGAGAUCCUCUGCAAUCCCAACCAGCGCAUCCCGCUGGAGACGCUGCUCAAGUGCGAGAAGGCGCUCGAGAAGAUGGACUUCAAGACGAACGUCUUGGGGCCGGUGAGCGCCCAGGGGGCGAACGCCAAGGAGCACCCGAUCAACAAUCCUCUGCUGGAGGCGGUCAGUGCGAAUUUGCAGAAUCCCAUCGGCAAUCACACGCUGCAGCGCACUUUCCGGCCAUGCCUGGAGGCGCUCUUUGGGCCGGACAUCAAGAAUCUCCCGCCGCCGGCAAAGCAGCCGCGCAUGGCGAGCGCCGAGGAGUCCGCGGCCGCCGGCGCGCCGGAAAUCCCGCACAUUCUGCAGGGCGAAAUCGCCAGACUCGACCAGAAGUUCAAGAUCAAUCUGGAUCCGUCGGCGCAGAUUGGCACGCGGACCAUCAAGCUCGUGUGCUGCCUGGACGACAAGUAUCUGCCGUGCGUGCCGCCGGUCAGCGUCAGCAUUCCCGACGACUAUCCGUCCACGGCGCCGACUUGCAAUCUCAUGGAGCAGGAGUACAACGCCACGCCCUUCCUCGUGGCCGUGCAGAAGGCGCUCACGGCCAGGAUCUCGAAGCUGCCCAGGCAAUUCUCGCUGUCGCAUCUGCUGGACACGUGGGAAAUGUCCGUGCGACAGGCGUGCGCGCCGGUCAUCGUCAGUCCCAGCCAGACGACCGUUCUGCUCGGCAUCUAAGCUUUGACGGAGUGCUGAAGAAGAAUAAAGAAAUCAAUUGCAGACCAAGAAUUCCUUGCUUUCUUGCGUC